AUGCGCGCUGCCAGUUUAUCGCCCAAUUUGGCCAAGUUAUCUCCCGGCAUCGCGCGACGGAAAUUGGCUGCGCGACUUACCCGGGCAAUGUCCAGGAGUGCCAAUGGAGCAAGGAUGAGGUUGAAGAUGGCUAGGGGUGCAUUCUCCUUGUCAUCGACCACCGUGUUACCGACCGUUCCCAUCAGCGCGACAAUGCCCAAUUGUGACAAGCGAGGUCAGCCCGCUCACGAGCUCACCGACGACAUGAACGAAAAAGAAGAUGGUGCUCGGGAAGGCAAAGACGAUCGCCUUGCGCUUCUCCCGAUCCAGCUCCUCGGCCACCUCGACGAACGAUUCCAAGUUCUCCACCGCAUCUGCGACCAUGAAGAUGGGGAGUGA